CCCGGGUGCCGCACUUCGGGAAAAAAGUUGGGAGCGCACCAGCAGCCACAUCCCGAAAACCGACUCCGACCGCAGGAAAAGCGCUUCCUCUUCAUCCCGGUCUCCUCUGGCCGGUAUUCAUCGCUCCUCGAGUAAAAGAGAGAAACACAGCCGCCAAGGUUCGUGUCACCGUCAAAGCCGUUCACGUCGAUCUGCCCUCCGGUAAACGGGAGGGCUUGCCGUCGCCCACCAACUCCGAGAGUCUCUAGCGAAGAACACUUCGUCAAGCGGUGCCCACAGUGCCAGCCAUGGUGCGUUCAGUGAGUGUUGGAAUCCUCGUCCUCGUGGGAGUGGUGCUGCUCGCCAGGGCAUCUUCAUCGGCCCCCGCCAAUUUCGAGACUGAGUCCUGGGACAGGGAUCGUCCAAACGCGGUGUACGAUUCAUCCCUGACUCCCGACGAAGACUACCUCCUGAGCUUGCUAAGGAGUCGAUCCAGCAACUUCGACGUGAUGCCGAAGAGGUCCCGUGGCAUGCUCGACUUCGGGAUGACGCGAGGAGCGUCUGGCGCCAAGGCCGCCAAGGCUCGGUUAGGACUCAAGCUGGCCAACGAUCCCUUCGGGCCCGGACGCUGAGACGCCCGUGCCGCCCCGUCCCAUCCCCGCUGCGGAACACUGCUUCGCACGCGAAACUCCCGCCUCCCCUAUUCCCUUUACUUCGCCUCCCAAGGAACACUCGACCAAACGCCUGUUAACUCAGUGCCGUAGAAAGAUGCUUUCAUCUUUCGUCUUUGUUUUCUAGACUUUCCGAGCCUUUUCUUCGUGUAGUAGCUACAGCCUUGUGUAUGCUUCGAAGAAAAGAGAGGAGCAUCAAAAUACUGUUUUCUCUGGUUCUAAGACAGAUUGCUGUACAGCACGUAUUUCCGGUCGGUCCGACUUGUAUCGUUAGCUUUGACUGUAGUAUGCCUGCGAGGCAGUUCUACGCGUCUCUGUGUUGCAUUGUGAUCAUGCGUCGCGUCACAGCUUGCGUUGAGCAGAAGGCCAAACGUUUCGAGUGCCUGACCUAAUCAGUACUGCGCGUCUCGUCGCUGCUCAAGGUAGUCCCGAGUGCUUCUCGCAGCAACAGCAGCAGCAGCACCGUGAAAGAUGACUAGUGAUGUAGGUGACCGUGUAACAAGCGGGACGUGAAUUAACUAAAAUUAAAUUUUGGACUCUUACUUCCCCGAAUAACAAUGUGGUUAUGACGGCUACUUUUGCAUUAAUGUUGACCGCAUGAGGGUUCUUUAAUGAGCACGUAACGUAAAUUUGUGCUCAUAUUUUAUGCUAAUUGGGGAGGGUACGUGAGGUGAUAGUGUAAAUUUCCCAAAAACUGUGGACUAACAACGUCAAUUCAGAGUGAGCUGUCCUUUUUCUAAAACCAAUGAGGCCUUUAUGGGUGACGUGUAUGUGAGAACAUGAGUUUUCAGCUUGCACAUGAUGAUACAGUAUUAGCAAUCGAGAUCAGUAUCGAACACAAACGUGGUACCGAUAUGUUGUUCUUCUGCCCAACGUGAACUUCACGUUCGUCUAGCAGUGUAAAAGGCGACCGUAGCACACAUCGUGCUCGAAGUCUAUAAAGAAGCAAGUCUCUUCUCUACGAAGUUGUUUACAUUGUAAUAACAUAAAGUGCUGGCAUCGUUGUUACCUGUGUAAAACAGGGCACUUGCUAAAGGCUUUGUGCUAGUCAAGAUUUCAAUCAAGUGUCGGGUCAGUAUUUGCGCCAUUCAGCAUGACCAGCGAUACUUCUCUGGUCAGCGUUAUGGACUUGUGAGCUUUAAAAAUUUUGUAUCUGCUGUGAGAGAAACAAAUACGUGUUGUUGGAUGCUUAAAAAUCUAUUAAACCGGCUCGCCGAGAAAGAAAAAAUGUGCUAUUGUGUGUAACUUGUUACUGUUGAAGACGCGCGAUGCAAAUAUUUUACUCGCGUUCAGUGUACGUUGUUGAGAAGUGCAGUUGGCGGAAAUAAGCGUGCAUUUAUGUAUUGUUAAUGCAAGGGAUUAACCUUGACACUGUCACGUUGACUACAUGUGCACGGAGCAAAUAAUUAUGCGUGUACGAAUACUUUUCUAUAAAUGACAGUUUAUUUUGAAUUGACGUGCCAAAAUGCUUAAAUCUAAUAAUGGUGACACUGCUACGUUUCUGUCGUUUUGAAAUUCUGCAGAAAAUAAUUGCAUUUUCUAUAGAAUUAGUAUAAAAGGCUAAACGCCCAUUCAGCUGUUAUCUGUUCAGGCAUAAACUUAUGUGCAAUGAAUUCAUAGAGAACCGAGUUACACUAUGUUUUAGAGUUCACCGAGUCAUUAUGACAUAAUUUUAAAUGUUUUUAUUCGGUGCGAUGUCACGAAACAAUUGUUUUCUUGUUCCUUCUUUUUGCGCGAAGCUCCUGUAGUAAUUAGCAAUAAACUAACGGUCGAAAUCAUUUCUUCACUAGCGAAAUCUCUCUCAUAACGUAUCUCUUUAUUUUUGUUUGUUUCAUUAAAAAAUGUGCGGCCACUGUUUUCGACGUUUCUGCACUUUCAUCGGCAGUGAAACCACAUACACAUGCAUCUAAUCUUCAUAAACAGAUUCGCUUUCGUCUCACCGUAUUCAGUUAGUUACAUCUACUAGCUAUUCUAUUCCGUGUAACAAUAAAGUCGCACACCCACUGACCACCAUAGCUUGCCUGUGUUUGUACAGUUAGUUUUGACACAGCUCGUUUGUCUAACUUACCAGCAAUUCACCAACAUUCAUUACACGAAACGCUUCCUUGCUUCGAAAUUUCUCUCUCGAACAAACCAUACGGAACACCACCACGUUUCACCGAGAACCAUUAUCACUGAUGUGCAAACCGACUGUUUUUUUUUCUUCUUUUUUUAUCGCGUAUGUGUUUGCUGCGCUUCAUAUUGGGAAAAAUAGGGUAAACCGGCGCUGAAUAUGUAGUCGAAAACCCUGAACGCCACUUUUUUUCCAUUCUCAUUUUGUCCUGCCUUCUAUUCAUCCCGCCAUUCCAUCAUUACAUGCUAUGUUUUAGUUGUGUGCAGAAAAAAAAAGUAAGAAGAAAGCGAUACACGUAUGCGGACAGUCGACCAAAAUUCUCGCGGCGAUGUUUAUUCAUGGAACAAUGAGCUGAAUCGAAAUCGCGCUUCACUGCACGUUUGUUUGGAGACGCGUCCGUUCUUGAACGGGCCGGCGUCUGUUUCGAAUGGUCUGCGUGGCCGUUCUGACGAUGCGUUAAGGCGCCUGCAGCGACGGGGCCUCUGGUGUUUUUCAGGAGUUCUCUGUGUGUACGUAGGCGUAUAUUUCGCUGCAUGCUUAUUUAUAGACUUUGUCUCUGUACAGUCGUUUGUGUCACGUAGUAGCCCUGCGCGCGCAUCCUCGGAUGCGUAUUAUGCAGGAGUGUCGCCGCUGUAGUGAACUUGUCGAUACAGUUUCAAUAAAAGAUGCAUUUCGUUUCUGUUC